AUGGCGAUAUCACUAUUCGUGUCUGUCUUGGCAGGACUACUGCUAUGCUUCCAGCCUUGCUGUGCUCAGUCGCUAGAUCAACAGCAUCGCAUGGGAGGCGCAGCCGUGCCUUUCGAGUUCCGCGAUGCCGUUCUUGGUGAUUUGGAUGACUUCACUACCGUGAUUAUCGAUGCUUUCCGUCCAGCCCCAGAGUGGCAUUAUGUCUACCAGUUCACGGAUGAGUAUCCGGGCUACACAUGGCAUUGUCAGCGCCAGGCCUGGGGCCGCCUGUUCGAGCAGUCGCCCGCCAACGGCAUCACCAUCAGAGUCAUCGCCGUGCCGGAUACAACCUCCCGGGCCGGCUCUCGCGUUGUCUCUGUCUCGGUCUGGCAAUUCAACAGGACUACCAGCAGCGACAAUCACGCGCAGACGCUUUUGUUGCCUCUGGAAAUAGCUGGCGGCGACUGGUCCAACUGUUCGGAACACCUCGACCUCAACAAGACCCGCACAGCGCCGUGGCAGAAACUACACCAAGAAGCCGAGAAGGAAUACCUCGACGAUGUAUAUGACCACCAAGCAUACCUGGCCGGCCUGGCGACCCACCCAAAGUGGGAUGGAAACGGCUUUGCUGCGACUCAUCUUCGCUGGGGCCUGGCAUUGGCCGACAAAUGGGGCAUACCUGCAACCUUGACCGGCACGCCGGCUGGCCAUCCAUUGUAUAGAUCACUGGGGUUCGAAGAUGUUCACAACAUUACCAUUGAGAGAUUGGACCAGAAAGGUGUUCUGUGGCAUGAAGUCAUGGCUCGUCCAACAAAGACACCCACGGAUCGAUGA